AAGGUUCCCGUCCUGGCGAGCCGAGCCUUCGGCAGCUCCGCCAGACGGCUGAAGAACAAAGUCCCCGAGGCCCAGAGACUCUUCCAGGAGGACAACGGGUUGCCAGUCCACAUCAAGGGAGGGACCUUGGACGUCGUGCUCUACCGGGCGACCAUGACGCUAACCCUCGGAGGAACCUGCUACUCUCUGUACUGGCUGCUCGUGGCCUCGCUGCCGCAGAAGAAAGCCUAGAGAAGAACGGGCUCCGUCUAUCGCAUGGAGAGCAACGCUCGCCCCUGUCUAACACUAAUGUUUGCUGUGUACAUUUCUCCGAGUUGUCCUUCUUUCAACAGGGCAACAAUUAACAUGUAAAAAGUGUCAAUUUAAACUCAACGCCAGCAGAGUUUCCA